GCCAGUGGAGAGCACACCUCAAACGGCUGUCGGCGACCACUCGUAAAGAGGACACUUGUGCUAGCUGCCCCAAGUUAUCCCCUACCCACAACGUUGUGACGACGUCCACCUCCAACAACCAACUCGCGAACCACGGUCACGCUUACGAGACGGCGUGCACCUCGACCUAGAGACCGAGCCGAGAUCCCGAUUGGGCCCCCUUUGUGCGUGCGCAAGAGCUUGGAACCGACGGACUUGAGCCAUCAUGCGGCUGUCCUCGCUGCCAGCUGUGCUGCUGGGCGCGUUCGCCUGGACUGCGAACGCCGUGAGCUCUGAGGAUGACAAUGUUAAGAGCAUAACGUUGAGGACACACUCCCUCCAACAGCCCUACCUCGACUCGGACAUGCAAAGUCGAUGGUAUGACUUUGGCGGCGACACCAUCGUUCGAACCGACUCGUACAUCCGACUGACCUCGGACCGCCCGUCGCAAACGGGCUGGAUGUACUCGCGAGUACCCCUGACGGCGACCAACUGGCAGGUGGAGGUCGAGUUCAAGAUUUCUGGCAAGAACCAGCUCUACGGCGAUGGUCUCGCUAUGUGGAUUACCCGCCAGCGCGCGCAGUCCGGAACUGUCUUUGGCGGCCCGGACAAGUUCGAGGGCCUGGGUAUCUUCAUCGACACCUACAAGAAUAACCGCCCCGGCGUUGUUUUCCCUUAUGUCAGCGCUAUGUACGGUGACGGCCAGAUCUCGUACGACAAGGCUCACGAUGGCAAGAGCACGGAGCUGGCUGGCUGCUCCGCUCGUGGCAUCCGACAUGCAAGCAUCCCGACUAAGAUGCGCCUUACCUAUUUCCAGGACAAGCAGCUCAAACUAGAGCUUCAGUAUAAGGAUGAGGACGACUGGAUGCUGUGCUUCGAGAACGAGGAGCCCCCCGCGAUCCCCAAUAUCGCCUACGUCGGCUUCACGGCUGAGACCGGCGAGCUUAGCGACAACCACGAUAUCAUCUCUGUGACGGCCAAGAACCUGUAUAUCCAGCCUGGCAAUAAGGCUGGCCAGUCCGGAAGCAAGCAGCGCAGCAAGAAGGCCAAGAAGAACAAGAAGACAACGUCUGGUGGUAGCUGGACCUGGUUCUUCACCAAGAUCAUCCUCUUCAUCAUUGUCGCGGGCGGCGCGUACGUGGGCUUCACUGCUUACCGGGCGAAGAGCAAGUCGCACCGAUUCUAAUUUCCAGCGACUAAUGGCGGACGGUGCGCGGACGGUGCGCGGAAACUCACGAGGCGGCAUAGCCAUCAAUUCAUUUCCUUUUGUGCAGUUUGUGUGAAUACCAAGGAGAGAAAGGCGAGGGGAGUUUGUCAGUGGAAGGGGGUUGUGACAUGCCACCCAGCGAAGAAAAAAGUUACCACCCCCGACGAGGGCUAUCGUUGUAUGUUCCCUUAUCUUAGUCAUGUAUGGAUGAGUCUGGUGUUUUGUAAGUAAGUGAGACUGGUUUCUUAGCAAUGAAUGUCAAGACAGUUGAAUUUGGCGUCAAGCCCGGGCGGAAUCGAGCUGAGUCUGGGGAGGAUGGGCUGGCGUAAAGAGCUCUCUGAGAUAGGCGGAUAUGCAGACCAGGGUUCAUCCGCCCGCAUGAGUGGUACACCCACAUGCCUCACCCUAGCUGAUUAUCUCGCUCUCGCUAUUCCCGUUCCUCUCCGCAUCGC